AGUCUACCAUCUCGCGUAUUGGCAGUCAGUGCGUCAACAUAAAGGCGUGACGUCAAACGUUUUACUUUUUAUUUUCUUGGAGAGUGUGUCAUCUUUUUUAGCUAUUGUUAUAAGAUCUAUUUUAGUUGGUCUAGCCGGCGAUGUCUGAGAACUGCAGCGCUGGCACGUUGUCGUAUUGUCCGUAGACAAUCCAGGCUACAUUAGUGCUCAAAAUGGAACCUGUCUGUUGAUUGAAAAGGUUCGGACUCCGGGGUCUGUGUGUUAUAUCUUGUCCAUCUCUCGCACAACCUCCUACAUGCGAGGGCUGAGAAUGCUUCGACAAACAGUCAAAUUGUUUCAGGACUCCUCGGAGAGCUUGUCAUAAACACAAGCAGUAUAACACAAGCUGGAUGAAAUUUCUAUCAACUUUCGACGUAAGGGAUGGUACAACUUGGACAGGGUGAACGUUAAACCAUUUGUCGGCUGGACAUUCUUCGAGACCAAAGAUUCUUACCUGGCUUGUUGUUCUCUCCCUUGCAACGUCUGUGUUCUCAAGUGGCGACCAAUUCACCUGACAUUUUACGACGCCAAAAUCGUGUUUGGCAAAAAUUUGCUGCGUACCAAUGAAGGUAAAUGCCGGUAUGAAAUGGACAUGAUGAACUCUGGGGUUAAAGUAUGGCUCUAUCCACGCUGCUUGCAGUUCAUCUUCUCGGACCGCAACAAGUCUUACCACGUAAUGGUCAAGUACAUAGAGGAUUACAAACAAAUUAUCCGAUCUCUCUACGAACAAAAGGAACUCAAGAAAAGAGAAAAGGACAUGUUCUUGGAAGCAACAAUCCAUAGACUGCACCGCCAGCUCGCUCUACACGUGGCCAAAGAUAUGGAGCAGCCGUGCGACUGUGAUGAGUUCUACAGCCGUGUGCGGAGAGAGGUACAAGAGCCGAGAACACCGGCCAAGAAGGUAAAGCAGCGAGUCUUCCGCCUGAAGAUGCUGGCUAGAAAAUCGGUUUGUUCUUGUCUGUGCGUCUGAAUUAAAAACAUAUUGUUACAGCGUG